AUGCCACAGGUGGUGCUAAUAACGUACUGUAACUAUCACCAUUCCUCUUCCCGCCGUCCUCGCCCUCUUGCCCUUUCUUCUGGGAGCGUUAAUACACUCCUCAGUCACCUUUCGUUACCUUUCUGCCGCUCUCACUCCAAGGCUAAUAAAUCAACUGAACUCCAGCAACGCCCAAGGCAGGCCUCAUUGUCUCGUGGUCCUCAUAUUGUUGAAGUUUUUGCAGUGAAGGACAGAGAGGUCAUAUAUACUGCCCCGCCACCACCAGAAAAGACACAGCAGCAAAACCAAUUGCACGCCCAGGGGUUAUCCACGGCACAGCCUGCCCCAGGUGCUAAUUCUACUAUACCACAUUCAAGACAUGUGCAUUCACUACCCAUCUGGUUGUUGGCUCAUUUUGUGCUUUUUCUCUGCUGCGCAUCUCCUCAGCACGCCGAUGCUAAUGCACAAUCAAUGCAGCAGCAGCAAGGUCAAGUCCAGCCCCAGGCAUCAUCAUUGCAGACUCAAUCUACGGCCGCCUUGACAUCUACGAUACCUACUCCCGCAACUAGUCCUACUGCGCUAAGUGCAGCAAGCGCGUAG